AUGGCAACUAUUAAUAUUACAAUAACAUUACCUGUUCAAGUUAUUGAACUUUUACUAAAUACGGUGAAUAUGUUUCGAGAUCAACAUAAUCCAUGCCCUAGAAAUGACUUUGCUCAUCAACAAUCAUCUCAACAUCGUCCACAAGCUACAGAGGAUACAGAAUUACAUGCACACAUGUCCCGAUCUCAAAAUAUUCCAAGAUCAACUGAAGAAUCAUUAUCAUCAAAUUCUCAAUCAUAUCAAGGCACAGAGAAACCAACUGAACGAUCAGAAUCAUCAUUUCAUCAACAACUAUCUCAGAGUACUACAACACCUAGAUCAUCAUCUCAAGAACAUCAAGCAACAGAUGAAAAUGCUACAUUACGUGCAGAAAUAUCUAAAUAUCGCGAACAAAAUGCAGAAUUGAUUCGACGUUUUCAAAAGUUGAACGAAGAAUUAAAAAGAAAAAAAAUUGAUUCAUUUGAAGCAUUGACUGAACAAGACAAAGAGAUGAAGAAAAUUUUCAUCGAAUUGGCUAAUCUGACUCAACCGAUGCCAAUGGAAGGUAAUAAUAUUGGCUUAUUUGGUUUGACAUCAACAGGCAAAUCCACAAUGCUUAAUUCUAUUCUUGGUCAAAAGCUUGCUGAAACUGGUGUCGGUGAAACAACAAAAAAUAUUGUAUCAUAUCCAAGUAGAAAUUUCACAAUUUGGGAUGUUCCUGGUCGUAAUGAUGAGAUGACCUAUAUGACUAUGGAGUAUAUUUCAUUUUUCAAAGGUCUUUCUAAACGUUUGAUUCUAAUUGAAGCAACAGUAAAAGAAAAUUCAAGUAUGAUGAAACUUUUGGAUGCCAUUGGAUUACAUUAUGCAAUUGUUUUCAAUAAAUUCGAUAAAGUCGAUCAUGAUGAACAACAAGAUAUUCGACAACAGAUUGAACGUGAAUAUAGAACACUUGGUUUGAAAGGAAUUGAUCAAGUCUUUUUUAUCAGUGGAAAAUUUUCAACCAUGUUUACUGAUUGGCAAUUAAUGCUUAAUUAUAUGCAAAAUUCUAGUUACUGA